AAGAAUUAUGGUGUUCUGAGGCCAGCAACCAAAAGCUGUAUUAGCAUGUACAUAAUUUUCGCAGUUUUAAGAAACUUUGUUUUGGAUCGAUUUGGGGUAAAACCCCCACUGGUUAUUUCCUUAAUUCGUCGUCAUGGACUCCUUGAGUUUAAAGGCUGUUUUGGUAGUAUUUGAAGUAUGAUGGAGACGUUGUUGUCAAGAGAGAACAUCAAUGACAAGGGUACAUUCAAUGUCCAUCUUACCGGAGGUUCGCCUUGGGGGUUUACUCUCCAUGGAGGACGAGAAUUCAAUUCAAGGCUCUGUAUCUCAAAGAUAACUCCAGGAGGAAAAGCAGACAAGAGUAAAGGACUGCAAGUUGGAGAUGAAGUGGUUGCUAUUAAUAACAUGGAAUGUUCUGCCAGGGCAGAGGCUAUAGAACAAGUCAGGUGUUCAAGGCAGAGCCUUAAUCUAACAAUAAAAAGGGAGAAUUCAAAACAAAAUGGUUUCCAAGGAAGGACAAAUAACAAUCAUCCUCUACCAAACCUAUACAAAACAGCAUUAGAAGUUGCUGUAGAGACAAAUGAUUUUUAUAAAACAUAUUCUGUAGAUCCAUAUAUGUAUAAAAGGAUAGCACUACAUUCUAAAGAUGGUGCUAGCUGGACGACACAUGUUGAUACUGAAUUAAGUGCCUCUAAUGAGGAUCUGCUUGAAAGCUAUAGAAACCAAGGGAGUAUAGUGGGUAGUGAUGAGGCACUGGACAGGAACAGGGGUGCAAAGUCUAGUGUUACAAAUGGCAGAAUAAGCCCUCAGGAUAAAGAAAACCAAAACAGCAUUCCACCUAUAAACAGACAAGUGACAAACUCAUUGCACUCAAGGGCAAAGUCUUGGAGUGAACAUCGUGGACAAAGCUUACCAGAGAAUCUAUUUCAUAAACGUACAUAUACAUCACCUGACCAUAUUCAGAAGGUCAAAAUAAGAAGUGCCAAUAUAUCAUCAUCAAGUUCAACAUUCAGUAGUCCAAAGGAUGAUGGCAGACAGCAAAGCAGAAUCUCUCCAGCUAAGCACAGUCCAAGACGACAACGUUUAAUAGAGCCAGAAGUACACAACGCUGGUGAUGACUGGGUGGAUCGUUGGCUAAGAAAUGAUAAGCAGAACAUAACUCUCGAGGAAAAUGUCUCGGUAAAAAAUGUGCGCUCAAAGUUUGAGGAAGGCAAUGAGCAUGUCGAAGGAGAUAAACACAUUGAUGUGCCUAAUAUGCCGGCGCACAACAAAUCUAAUUUUUCAAGAAGUAAGAGCUUCAGUGGACGUCCUUCUUAUGGUGUAGUAUUUGGUACCACUGCUGUAAAGUCCAAGGACCAUUCCCAAAUCACUGCGUUCCAAGCUCCUCUUCCUCCUGCCAGAUACAGCUCCUCAGAUUUACUCAAAGAGAAGGCACGUCCAGGUCUUGCAGCAGCUGACAGCUGGCAGUCAUCUACUAUUUCUCUACCAGUUGACAUGGAAUCUUCCUCACGGUUAGUAACGACCAUCCAAGAAGAGAAACAGCCGUUAGAAGUACGACUCUCACGGAAGUCUUUAGGACCUAUAUCAAUGGUUAGCAGUACGUCUAGUUUGGAUACUGUUGGUAGCUUUGAUCGACGUCAGGGUCCUGCCCCACCUCCACGGCGCAGUGCGUCGAAGAUACUUAGUUCCUUUCGCUCCACGAGAGGGAAAAGAAUGCAUCCUCAUACAGCCAGCUCUGGUACAACACGAGAAGCGUUCAAAAGUAGCGUUCGGAAUGAAAUUCCAAACCACAUGUCAUCAAAAUCGUGGCCUAUUGAUCACCAUGGCAACGAGCUUCAAACCUUACCAAGUAAGGAUGCAAAUAGACAAUCCUGGCAUUCCCAGGAACCAGCCGACAAACACGGUCAAUGGGGAAAUUCUCCAGUCGAACAGCCCUCCAAAACCGGUCAAACUGGUUCGAAGUUUAAUUCGUCUGUUGUCGUAACAUCUAUCAGGACGUCCACAUCGUCUUCAACCUCAGAGGAUACUUUCUCCAAACCUAAAAUUCAUCGGAGCACUUUCCUUGAGCUCCAACCGCCGGUGGCCACGUUCGAAGCCGUGAGACCGCAAAGCGCACGAGCGGGAGUUCGGCCUGUACAAGAAAAACAACCCUCAACUCAACUAACUCAAGAAAAACCCUCAACUCAACCACAUCAAGUAAAACCCUGGAGUCUUCAGGAAGAAGCACAAUCCCUAUCGAACCGUAUUGAAGACACACAGAUUUUACAGAGGCUGAUGAAAGACAACGAAGCAAACAGUGAACCCACCUCAGUUAAAACUAGAAUUCAAACCUUCGAAAAAAGUUCAUCGCAUCCGAAUCUACUCGAGGAGCCUGAAGUGUCUCAGCUGAGGCCGCGAUCAAACCAUCCAAAACAGCGUUCAUGGGAUAAUACUUACAGCCAUUCUGAUCGAAAGUCGCCGAAGGACACAAAAGCUGAAGCCUCGGCGCCCGAACGCAUGGCCGCAUCGCCGGAAAAACACCAUCAUGCUUCACCCGAAGUUGUAGCGGCAUCAAAACAUAGGGAGCAGGUUUCUACCGUAAAAUCGAACGAGACGGAGGCAGGGUUUGUGCCGAUAAAGGUUACUUCAAUGGUCAAGGAAUUAGAGAAAUCGGAAUCUCCGAUGAAGCUCUCGGCUCGCAUAAGUUGCAAUAUCAAAGAUGAGACCAUUCCGAAGAGUUCAAGCGCAUCUAUAGCUAAGGAUGAAGGCAGCCCAAUCUUGGAAGAAAUCACUCGAACCCAAUCAACAAGUUUACAGGAAAAAGAGGUUCUUAUGGAGGAAAUGUUUAAGAGAUUAGAGGAUAAUAAGGAAUCGAAUAUUUCAUCAAAGAAAUUGGACGAAUCAAACAAUAAUUUUGUCAUUCAUCAACGAAGAAGUCACAAGACACCGGUUUAUUCAGUGGGGGAUGAUGACGUUUUCUUGGGUUUAACUGACGAUGAUUUGCUUCCUCCCCCACCCCCACCGUUAGAUUUUGAAACGUCACAUGACGAUCUACCUCUCCCUACUCCCCCUAGGGAGAUGUUAGAAAGUCCAUUGAGAGCAGAGAUUGUUUCUAAGGACAGAGAGCGAAAAUUUAUUGAAGUCAAGGCGGUUGAACAUACGAUUCAAAAAUUAGAAACCCCUCGUUGGGGAGAUAUCCCAUCGGAAAAGAAGAAAUUAUCCUAUUCGGAGGAAAAGGCUGACGAAGAGAAGACUGUUACUAAGAAGGCUAUUGCUGAAAAAAGUCCUCAACGAAAAGAGAAAUCGAAGGAAGACGAACCUUAUAAGUAUGGAAUCGAAAAACCAUUCAGAUACGAGGGGGAUAUGGAAGUUUUAAAAGAGAAAAAUACCAGGAAUUAUGAACUACGUUAUGAGAAUGACAGAGAAAGUCCAGAAGACAUCGAUUUCAUUAAAACAGAAAGCAAACCUGAUGAGGAUUCAAAUUUGUACGAAAACGAAUACGGAUCCCUGGAAAAAAGCACUGAUAUUUCAUUCGAGACUUCCAGGUCAGAGCAUGGCGGUACCACUAAAUCCCCACCCCCUCCUCCCCUCGUGAUUACAUCUACCCCCACCUCCAAUACCCAGGAGGCUGAUGACGGUAGCAGUCCUGAUAAUGACAUGGCUGGCAAUACCAGUCCAUUCUCUGGAUCUAGUUUAUCGACACCAUCAAGCAGCAGACCAGGAAGUAUGGUCAGCCCAAAGCUGGAAGCUCUGGAUAAGGAAAAGGGGCAGUUAAUUGAAAGUAUGAGAAAGAAGAUCGAAGACCUUAAAACUCAGAUGAAUGAGAUAAGCGACGAGAUAGAAGAAAAUGAAAAGUUAGGAGAGAAAGUAGCUACACAACUCGAAGGCAAGACCACACCGUCAGAAUUAUCAAAAUACCAACGCUUUACCGGAGAACUUAACAAGAUCGUACUAUUAUUACUGUCACUGACUCAAAGAAUGCACCGAUAUGAAAAUACUUUACAAGAACUGGACAUGUCAGAGGAAGCAGACAGACAACAAAGGGAUAUUUUACUGGAUAAAAUCGAACAUGUGAAAGCUCAAUAUCAGGAAGCUUGCAAAAUAAAGGAAGUUAACGACAAACGAGGAGAAGUAGUUUCCAAAUUCUUAGAAAAUUAUUUGAAUGAAGACGAAUUCGCUGACUUCCAGUACUACAUCGAUAUGAAGACCCAACUUGCACUGAUGCAUGCUGAAAUAAAAGACAAAGUGAAGAUGGGCGAAGAACGGUUAAAUGCACUGACUACCACGUCCAUUGACUGGAAUACGCUUAGUCUGUGUAACUAUUGACUCUGUGAAGUAUGUUGCAGGAUGACGCAUGAAAAUCCAGGAAGAGAUUAGAAAUAACUUUGGCUUAAGACAAUUUUCCUAGUGGGAGCUGGAAUUCCAGUAGACGUGUGAAAUUCCGGGACUAGAAUAGAAUUUAGAGGACUCCCUACUAAGAAGACAAUGACCAGACAUGAUGAACAGCCACAAUUGGACCAAGGGACCAUGAAAUGACUUCAUGUUCUCAUAAUUGGACUAAUUAACACGUGACUAGUUGAUGUGACCGGUCAAUAGCAUAGGCCAAAGAUAGACUGCUAGCAGAGGUUGUAUUUCUCAGUGCUUUCAGUUUGGGGUGAGCGGCAGGCUGGUCGAGGAGACCAGAAAAGAGGGCAUAAAAAGACCUCUGUAAUUGGGGUAGCCUAAGAGGCGUUUGGCAAGACAAGUGGCGAUAGACCACGUUCGUAAUCAAAUCCUCUCAAUUAAGUCUGAAUUUGAAAAUAUUGAACAAGGCCUAUUUUGUCUGUACGAUGUCUAUUGACUGGUCCUUUUUAGCCCAGUGAAUCCAAACUAUUAGCCCCUCCAUUCUGACCUUCCUCACUUAUAUAUAAAAAUACCUAGCAUACAGGAUUUAUUGGAUUUUUGUCCUAGUCUCGUCUGGUUCUCUUGAGAUUCAGCGUAGAUAACAAAAGUUUUUAUUUCAAAAAAAUUAUCAUUUUUAGUAGUGUGAAUAUUAUUUUUAUUAAUACAGAUUGAAAACCUGACAAUUAGAACUUUAGAGAGGAGUGAAGUUUUCUUCAUUUUUAUAUGAAAACUCCACCACUUCGCUAGAUUUUUAUACUAGUUAUCUGACAAGAAGUUACCCGCUAGUAGUAAAAAACUGAGUAACAAUAAUUGUCGCGGGAAAUAUUAUUGCGUUUAAAUUAUCAUCUUUAUUAUUUAAAUAAGAAAUUUUGGCUUUAUCUAUACUUUCUUGGCCUAUAAGGUUCUGCCGAGGACAAGCUUAGAUAUUGGGUAUAUCAUUUAUUCGAUUUUUCUUAGAAAAGUAGAGGUUUUAAAAACUAGAAAUUUAGCAAGCCUUUCUAAGAUUAUGUUCUUGAAGUUUUCUUUAGUAAGUAAGGUCGUGAUCAGUGACAAUUUGAAAUAGAGUUUUUCAUCGUGGGCAUAAUGUUUUCCCAUUUCAGACCACGUGUCAUUACCUUGAGUAUUACUUCUUUGUUUAACGUUUAAGUAUGAAAAGACACAUGAAAUAAUGUGGACACAUCUCCAAAAAGAAUAUUUUUCUCAAGGGAAUGACACCUGGUCUGAAAUGUGAAAACAUUACGCCCGAGGUCUAUUAAAUGCGGUGAAUUGCAAAACUCUUAGUCUAAAUAAAAAAGACAUUCUCCAAACUAAUCGAAUGGCAAGAAAUACGAUGACGAUGCCAUGGACAACAAUUACGUCAAAUCCUGCUCCUGCAAUAUCUGUUCUAUAUAAAACAACAAUGAUAUAAAAUUCUUAUUUUUUUAAAUUAUAUGGUGAAUUGUUAUAUUUCUUAAAGUAUAUUUAGAAAUGUAUAUUUUGAGCAUCCAUUUUAAAAUAGAUCAUUGUAUAAUCGUUUUCUUAAAAUUAAAUGGUGAAGACACGAAAG